AUGGUGAAUCAAGGAGCAUCUAAAAAGCGCUCAGUUCCUGUCGCAACCCCACCGUUCCUUCUGAAUGAUAAAACAAUUACGAACCAUGAUUUUGCGUCCUCGUUCCAGCGAGUGACAGAGCUUCUCCAAGGACGAAAAAACAUUGUUGUUCUACUCGGUGCAGGAAUUUCAGUGAGCUGUGGAAUCCCUGACUUCAGGUCAACGUCUGGAUUAUAUGCAACGUUAGACACCGAGGAGCUAAACUUGUCAUGCCCCGAGGACUUAUUUGAUAAGGAUUUUUUCCUCCAGGACCCUUCACCCUUCUAUAAGUUUGCGCGGACACUAUAUUUCCCGCUUGGAGGUGAUAAGCGAGUUGAGCCGAGUGAUUCCCACAAACUCUUGGCUAUCUUGGAACAGAACAAGAUGCUACUUCGAGUAUACUCCCAAAAUAUUGACGGACUGGAAACUGUUGCUGGAGUUUCUUCGAAAAAGAUUGUUUACGCUCACGGCAAUUUACUGCAAGCAUAUUGUUUGAAAUGUAAAAGGAAAGUAUCAUCUGAAACAAUCUUGCCGGAUAUUGUAGAAGGCACAGUACCGCAGUGUCAGGCAGAGAUUAGGAAAGUUAAGAGAGAAAACGCAACUACACCUGUCGAUUCGGGCUAUACAGCGCGAUCAACCAGAUCCAGUUCACUAGGACCGUGCCAACGAACAAGAAAGCGACAACGCUUGUCGUGCGAAGAUCUAUGUGGAGGUAUUCUCAAGCCUACUGUGACCUUCUUCGGCGAGACAUUGAGUGAUACUGUGAGUCGAACACUUGAAGCAGAUCGCAAGAAAGUUGAUGCACUUGUCGUUAUCGGUACGAGUUUGUCAGUCGCUCCGAUAUCAAAGGUGAUUGGCUUCUUCCCCAGAGAUAUUCCUCGGAUAUUGAUCAACCGAACAGUAGUUCAUCCUCCAAACUCUAUACCGAAGGGACUGGAAUUGGCCGAUGGUGGCUGUGAUGGACCUGAAUUUCGGGACAACUAUGUUUUCGAUGCAUACCUUCUUGGGUUUUGUGAUGACAUUACGCGCGCGCUAGCACGGCAACUGUUCAAGGACACGAGCAAGAGAUCACAAAAGGACUCAAAACUUCAGACCGAAGAGAAACUGCAAGCAGGUAGACUAUUGUCUGCAGUUCUGGUCAGCGAUAGCGACGAUGAUACCUCUUCGCAAUGGUCAAAUGAGGGUGUUCCUGCCGAUCGUGUGCUACUUUUUCCUGGGGCGCUAGCGACAGCUGUAGAGGGGUCAGCGGAAAUUGAAGAAGUAAAGUACGAAGAGACUGCAUACUGUGACUCAUGCUCUGAGCUCAUUACAGGUGACAUUCGAAAGUGUAAAACCUGUUUUGAUUUCGAUCUGUGCAAAACUUGGUAA